AUGGCUGGAGAAGAUUCCUUGCGCAGGUUGCAGAUACUGCAGCGCGACCUAGCCGCGUUCACCGAGAACCGAUUACCAAAUGUUGAGCGCCUUGCCGUACAGCUUGAUGCCAGCGCAGAUGAUCUCAAACGACUACUUGCUAGAAAUAAGAAAAAUGAGCAGAGUCGCGCUGUCCUCGCGCCCAAUGUCUCUCCCCAGCCAACCACUAUAAGAAUCGACAAUGUUGAAUACCGCAUACAGGAGCAAUUCAGGCAGGAUGCCCUCUUGGUCGCAGACGAGUUGGACUUGGACGAGAUGGAGGCAGCGAAACUUUGUAUUGAAGCACCACCCGUUGAUUCGAGCAUAGCGGACACCACACAAGCCUUACGGGCGUUGUUACGAUUCCACGAUCGGAGACAGACCCUGCUCGACUGUUUGCGCAUGAUUCUGCACCUUAGCUUGGAACUCGACCACAGUGACGAAACACUCCACGAUACUGCUGUUGUCGCCCGAGAGAUCGUUCAGGGUGGAGACUCUGGCGGUCAAGCUCAAUGCUCCGCUUUCUGGCGCAAGUGUAUCGAUGGGUUGACAGACAUAGAGUCGUACAUCAAGAAGGUGGUCGAGCACAAGCAGAAAGUCAUCAUGACCGGGCAGAGCCUUGCUGGCGAUAUAGGAGACGCACUUCAAGCUCAGCGUAUUUCUUUGACUUAUCAGCACGAAUGUCUCAGCACGAUUUUGGCCCAUCUUGUCGAGGGCUCAUAUGUGCAGGCAGAAGACUAUCGCGCUUUCCUGAACAAAGCUGCCGCUGCCGAGACCGAUAUUGAUAUCGCCUUUCAUUACAUUCCGGUGAUAGUUUGCGGUGCAAAGGCAUUUGCUACCAAUCCUAGCAUGACCAUCGAGAAUGGUCGCGACCUACAUGCAUUGUUUGCCACGGGUCCGGCGCAGCUUCAAUGGAAAUUGCCAAGUUUCAAGUCUGCCGCAACUGUGCUCUGGCUGUCUGAAUACAAUGCACGUUUCAGCCCCAAUUCAAUUGACCCAUCGCAAAGAGAGGCGGAUCGCAAGAAGGGAGAGGAAGCCCGUGCAGCGCUCUUCUUCGAUGCAUUGAAAGAGCGCGCUUUUCAUUUUCUGCUCUCCGCAGCCUCCUUCUUCCGACCAAUUGUCUGGUAUGAACCUUCAAGGGCCGGCAUAACCGACUUCCUGGUGGAUCUGGCUCCCGCCAUACCUGCAGUGGCGAUCCCACCCGAUGUUCCGCGUGCAUCAGAAGCUUUUUCUGCAACUGCUCUACGUGAAAUACAAACCUUUACGAGUGCAUUCGUCGAAAACAUGCCAGACACCCUACGCAAAUUACGAGCUGAAGAGGAUGAGAAGCGGCGCAACUAUCUGUCGCAGCCCUUGAAUGGACCUGCCCAACUUGAAAUGGAUCUCGAGCGAUUCAUCGUCAUAAUGGCCUGUGCAUUUCACGAUGAUGCAGAUGCCACCCAAGAAUUCUGGGCAGAUAAGGAGAGCAGUCUUUAUGGCUUUCUCCGCUGGGUCUCGCAGCGUCUACCCACACCACGUGUCGCUGCAUUCUGUCAACUUUUGCGAUCCAUUGCUUGUGAUGAUGCAUCUGCCAACAAUGCGCAUCGUUUUCUGCUGGACGAUGCUGGGAUGUCGACUACAAAAUUGCGCAAAGCGUACGCCGUAAGUUGGACGCAAAUCUUCAACGAGCUCGAACUAUACGCAUCUACCCUGAGGAAUCAACCAGCCCUACCUCAUUUGCAAAGUGGCCAGAACGCGAGCUCAGCAGAUAAUGAUCUUACCGAACCCGAGACUGGAAUAAUGCUCGAUGCAUACCUUGGCCUGGCGGCUCAUAUAUGUCGUACAAGCCCGGAGGCCAGGAAUUGGCUACUGAAAGACCAGCCGUUCCACUUGGGCAAAACGAUGAUUGAACUGAUAAAAACGGACGUCAAUGCUCGCAUCAAAGCAUGCUGCCUAGAUAUGCUGUCUGCACUGCUUACUGACAAGGUACUCGAGGUACGCAACGGCGUGUGGGUGCUGCUCGACAGCUGGGUGUCUGGAGCAGAAGCUGACGCAUCCGUCACACGCCUGAAAGGUCGGCCAAAAUUCUCAGCAAAACAAUAUCUCGAAAUCUUUGCCGAGAACGCCGAAGCUGGUGCAGCCUUUGUUGGACUGCUGAACGCGCUUGUUUCACCCGUUGCACUCUCUGAAAUCACAUUGGACAUGCUGCCGUUCCCAGAGCAUUUGGGCGCGCCUCACCGUCACCCUGGAGUAGACACUUAUGUUGACUUCGUCAUGCAUUCGGUUUUUGCACAGAAGGUCGCGCGCUUGCAAGCAGCUGGCGAGGAAGUCAUGAUCGACUUACUGCGCUAUGCAUGCUUGGAGUUUGCACACACGUGUCUAGUAUCCUUCAACGAGAAUCUUGUCUUAAUGGCAAACUUCUCCGAUGUCAGCAUCGAAAUUGCAAUGGAGACAAAGUCUUUGGUGACGUACACUCGCCUUCACCCAUUUGCUCGGGUUAUGGAAUGGCUAUUCGACAAAGCCGUACUGCAAUCACUCUUCUCUACGAUCCAGCGCAGUGAUGAUAAACUGGAUGAUGCUCAUGCGGAAUCACCACUCGUUCAGUCCACCGUCAGAGCCAUUCAACUGCUGAACCUUGCUUGGGACUUGCAGCCGACCUAUUUCAAUGUCGUUCGACGAGCAAUAGCGAGCCAAGCCUCAAGGCGGCAACCCGCUACCGUCUCAACUCUCUCAUCUGUUGACGAGAUAUUUCUUUCCCAACUUUCAGCCGUAGCUGACGUCGCCAGAUACACCACCAGCCACCAUAUCCAAUUAAGUUUAGAGAGCAUUGCUUUGUUGCACAAGAUCGGCUCAUCGCGCAAGCUUUCGCAGACUGUUGAUGCGGGCGUUGAACGCAUGCAUCGCGGGAAUCGCAUUAUUGGCGUUUUGACUCAUCUGAGCACUGCCCUCACGUUGGAGUUACGACCAGUAUUCGCUAUUGAGCAGUGGGACCUGGAGUCUGACGCCAUACCGACGAAGCUGAUCAAGGCGAAAGCUUUGCUGGGCCUAUUGAACUCUAGCCUAGACGCUUCAGGUGGCCGACCGAGCGUGGCACACAGCCUGCUUGGGUUCAAUUGCUACGAACGGUUCCUGGACAUUCUACCAAAUGGCGCAUUCGCUAGUGGGGCCUCUCUCUUCCACGCAAUCGCAGUCUGCGCUGCAAACGAUCCAAUUGCAAUCGAUAAUAGCAACACCUCCUGGCUGCUCAGCAUCAAGCGUGGUUGUCUCGACAUUGUUCUCAAGCUGUUGCUUUCUACUUUGACGACGCACAUCGUCCGACCCGAGCUCAGAGCAAUGGAAUUCCAAGCUGCGCUCUCGCGCAAUCAUUGUCCAGCGUCUGAAAUCCCGUUGUGGGACCAGAAGCUGCUACAGGAUCCCAACAUUCUGCUCGACAGCUCUGCGACUGCCAUCGGCGAUUUCAUGCACGUGCGAGAAUCAUACUUCGAGUUAUGCGCAUCAGAUCUUCGCAAUGCUUCUGAUCAGGGAUCCUUCUCUGUUCAAGAAAGAGUCAUGAGUUCCUUGCUGGGCACAAUCAAGCUGCCGGAUGGUGAGCAAGCAGCUACUGUAUCUAUUUUCGACCUGGUGGACUUUUUCGAGCUCGAAACCACAACUGCGUCUGACGUCAAUUGCGCUCUUCUCGCUGAUGUUGAUAUGUCUGUUUGCACCAAGCAGCUUUCACAGACAGCGUCCGCAUAUGAUUUACGAAUGGCCGAGGAGCUGCUGUUAUUUCGCAAGCGGGAGCUCAUUGACAAGGGCGUCGUGCCCGAUCCGCAGCAGCUCGACGACGAGAUUCGUGCAAUUCUGGCAUCAUUGCUGAGUCAAAACAACUGGACUGCCAUCCAGACUGCUCGACUGGACGCGCUUGAAGCUUGGUCUGACCUGAUGUCUCUCGUCGUCUCAAAAGGCGGGCUCAGGUCGAGCGACAUUGUCGCCUUUUCAUUGCAGGGACUCCUCGUUGUUACGCCGAAAUUCGAGAAGAGUCUUACAGAAAGUCUUGAUGCUGCCACCUUACUGGCAAAAGUCACGUUGACGCUGACCCAAGCCAUUGGCCCGGCGUCACUCAGCUCUUCGCAACAGACCGUCAAUGUGGCUACCGAGCGACUGCUUGCAACUUAUCGGGUCGCCCUUAAGGCGCUCACUGAUAGCAGCACUGACCUGACCCUCCGAGACUGCUGCUACCGUAUCUGUUGUGCUGUGCUGGUCUCCCAAUCUGCAGAAUCUGCAGGUGCAAAAGCAUCGCCGCUUCUAGGUUCGAAACAACUACUGCAACUUACUCAGAACUGUGGAGAACGUCUCAUGACUGUCAUCACGGAAGACGCCUUUUCUGGUCGUGGCGUCACACGAGUAUCUGCACUUCUCUUCUUGGACUCAUUGCUCUCAUUAUUUCAAGCUGGAAAGGCGAAUGCAUCCAUGUUGCGCGGCCUGUCGAAGCUCAACUUCAUUCCAGUACUCCUGGACUCUAGCAUCGGGGCCAUCGUCUCGGUAUUUCGAGGCGAGGCAGAGACGCAGACAUCCCUGGCAUAUUUCCAUACCGCAUUUGCGUUCCUUCUCAAGAUGUGCCACAGCGUCGAGGGCAUCCAACUGGUUCUAAAUUCGGGAUUUUUCGAAACCAUUGAUGAGAGCCGACUCUUCGCCUCUGAUGUGGAUGAUGAGACCGUACCUGCAUUGUAUACGAUCAUGGCAGCUGUGCUCAGAGUCAUCACAGCUGUUGUGGUGGGCAAAGGGGCACAGCCAGCAUUGGCAUUUUUGAACACUUAUCGUCGUGCUGCGGUCAGUAUUUUCAAGUCAGCCAGUAAAGGGGAAAAGUGCGUUCUUGAAGUAAGCGAGGAAUACAGCAAAUUGUUUCUGUUCGCAGGCUUCUUGGUAAGCUCCUAUACGAGACCAAUCCAAUUGUGUAUGAUGCUAAUACAAAUACAGGACACUGAUGAGUCAACAGAGGAUAAAAGUUUUGCAAAUGGGUUCUCCUGA